GCAGCGGCCCUGGGCAAAGCUCGCCAAGCGCGAGGGAGUGAGCAGAGCCGGGCAAGCGCGAGGGAGGGGGGGGCCCCCCCUCAACGUGCCCCCCCCCCCGCAAGUGGCUCUUCUCCCCAGCCGUGCUGCCCCCUAGACCCCGCCCGCGGCCCAUUGGCUCGCCCCGGCCAGCAGCGCAGAGCUACGGAGCCGCCCCGAGGGCCCCACCUCCCUCUGCUCCUCCCCGGGCAGCUCCGGGCUUUUGGCGUCGCCCUGGCUGGAUGCCGGCGGCGUGUUUCGUAACCUUCCUCCUCCAGCCCCGGAGCCGAGCGUUACCCGGCCGGGCGGCGGCGGGAGCCGCCUGCUGUCGCCGGUGGGGAGCGGAGCUGGGGCCCCAAGGCGGAGCACCCCGGGGAGAAGGACGCGGAGGCGGCCGCUGCAGUCCGCCUCGGCAAAGCCGUCAGGGCCGAGGCUGGAAAUAAAGCGCGGGCGUUUACUGGCACCUAUUACCCCCCACCUCCUGUUCUUCGGCUGACUAGAUAGCAAGUGUCGAAAAUCAGAAUAUAUUCAAUCUGUGUGGCUGGACUGAGCCCUGAGUGCGUGAGCCGAGAUCCUCCAAGGUUUCCAGGGGACCCCACGCUGAGAGGAAGGAGAAGCAAGGCACAGACCAGGGAGCCAAACCCUCAGGAUGAAGCACGUAUCGAUCCACUGGUUCCGUAAGGGUCUUCGCCUUCACGAUAACCCUGCCCUGCUGGCAGCGAUGACAGACUGCCACAAGCUCUAUCCCAUCUUCAUCCUCGACCCCUGGUUCCCAAAGAACAUGCGGGUCAGCGUCAACCGCUGGAGGUUUCUGGUUGAGUCGCUGAGAGAUCUGGACGAGAGCCUCCAGAAACUGAACUCGAGGCUGUUUGUGGUGCGUGGCCAUCCCACAGAGAUAUUUCCGGUCCUCUUUAAAGAGUGGAAGGUGACACGGCUGACGUUAGAGAUAGACACGGAGCCCUACUCCAGGCAGCGCGAUAGUGAGGUGGUGAGGCUGGCGGCUGAACAUGGCGUUCGGGUUAUGCAGAAAGUGUCCAACACCUUGUAUGACACCGACAGAGUAAUUGCUGAGAACAGUGGCAAGGUGCCUCUGACCUAUGUGCGCCUGCAGACGCUCCUGGCAGCGCUGGGACCCCCGAAGCGGCCCGUGCCAGCUCCCACUCUGGAGAACCUGAAGGAUUGCUGUACCCCCUGCAAAGACAACCACGACGCAGAGUAUGGGAUCCCUACGCUGGAGGAGCUGGGUCAAGACCCCGAGCAAGCAGGUCCUCACCUCUACCCAGGAGGAGAGACUGAGGCACUUUGCAGGCUUGACUUGCAUAUGAACAGAACGGCCUGGGUGUGUAGUUUCCAGAAGCCCCAGACUGAGCCCAACUCCCUGAGCCCUAGCACCACCGUCCUGAGUCCUUACAUCAAGUUUGGAUGCUUGUCAGUGCGAACCUUCUGGUGGAGGGUGGCUGAAAUCUACCAGGGGAGGAAACACUCCAGCCCGCCCGUGUCUUUGCACGGGCAGCUCUUGUGGAGGGAGUUCUUCUACACGGCAGGAGCUGGGAUCCCCAAUUUCAACAAGAUGGAAGGCAACCCCAUCUGUGUGCAGGUGGACUGGGAUGACAAUCCAGAGCACCUCAGAGCCUGGAGUGAGGGCCAGACGGGCUACCCCUUCAUAGAUGCCAUCAUGACCCAGCUGCGCACUGAAGGCUGGAUCCAUCACCUGGCCCGGCACGCUGUGGCCUGCUUCCUGACUCGAGGCGACCUGUGGAUAUCCUGGGAGCAAGGGCAAAAGGUCUUUGAGGAGCUGCUGCUGGAUGCUGACUGGUCCCUGAACGCUGGCAACUGGCAGUGGCUGUCGGCGAGCGCCUUCUUCCACCAGUUCUUCCGCGUCUACUCGCCUGUCGCCUUCGGCAAGAAGACGGACAAGGGCGGAGAGUAUAUCAAGAAGUAUCUCCCUUUCCUCCGGAAGUUCCCCUCUGAGUACGUCUACGAGCCCUGGAGGGCACCGCGAAGCGUGCAGGAGCAGGCGGGCUGUGUGAUUGGCCGAGAUUACCCCAAGCCCAUCGUGGUGCACGAGGUGGUGAGCAAGAGGAACGUGGAGCGGAUGAAGGCAGCCUACGCCCGGCGAUCGGCCAGCACUACGGCCCAGCUGGAGGGAGGGGGUGGCAAGAAAGGUGCCAGAAAGAAGACACCUGCUGGUCCCUCUGUGGCCAAACUGCUGACCAAGAAACCAAAGACUAAAAGCAGCUGAAUUCCUCAGUGGAUCUUGACAAUGGGCCACUCUCUUCUGUGCCGCAGGGGGAGAACCCCACCGCGGAGCCAGGCAGCACGAGAGCCCAUUCACAUCCCAUUUGGGCUUUAUGAAGAGAGGCUCUGGGGUCUGUUCUAAUCCCUUGACUGACAGCUAGGAGCCCAGGCAUUGUGAGUCCAGGGAAAGCUAUGGUGGGGUUUUGGCACUGCCUCUCUUAUUGGCUCAGGAAACUUUUUCAUGCUGUACCCUUUCGUUCAGCCCCUUAAGCCUGUUCAGCGAACUGUCCUUUGGUGCGGGUGCUUUCUAUGCUGCUCGCAGGCCAGAAGCUGAGUUUCUCUUUUGGACAGGCCAUUGCCAUGGAGUGGAUCAGUUUGUCUGAGUACCUUACGGUGAAUCUACCCUACAGCACCCGGGGAGGUAGAUCUAUCACCACCCCCAUUUUAGACAUAAGUGAACUGAGAAACAGAGAUUAUUGGGCAGAUUACCAAUGGGAGCUCCUGGAUCCAUUAAAAAAUCUAGCCAUAAUUGACUUGUUCAGAUCACUUAAGGAGGCAGAGCUGGGAACUGAACCCACAUCUUGCGCUCCAUUCCAGUGCCUUCCACACAAGCUCCCCUUCCCAGGUUACUGCCCUGUGCUUUCUUUAUCAGGGUUGUUGCAGACAUUUAGCCGAAGGGUAUUUUAAACUUGCCUCUCAGCAAAACAAUUUGUGCAGCCACCAACUCCUCUGGCCUGGGAAACGCCCCACACUCCUGCAUUCUGGGCUGACUCCAAAGAAGCCAAAAGCAUAGCAGGCUUUCAGGGAGUGGAAGAAGAAUUUUUUUUUUUAAAGGGCAUGUUAAUAACCUGCUGGUGUGCCGAAUGCCCCAGCCCGCCUGGCUGGGAAUUGGUACUGAACUCCCUGUUUUAAGCUCUGCUGCCCCCCUUGGCAGACAGCAUCUUAGGAGACCAAAGCGAGGGAUGCUGGACAUGGAUGUUGCCUUUUGCCCAUCUUUGUACUGAGCGUGAAAUACUGGAUGCUUAUUGCCACGUCCUUGGGACCUGUACUCCCCCUUCUGUGGUGUGUCCAACCAAGGCAUAAUUUCAUUAUCCCUUGGCUAUAGUCCCCAGAGGCAUUAAAGAUAUCCUUGGAAGCGCUACGUGGAGUUACAAGAGCUAAAGCGUGGGGCAAAGCUCAUCUUGAUGUCCCAAAGACAGGAAAGUAACUGAAAUACUUCUCUGAGGGACAACCCUUCUUAAAUUCUCACUUACUGAGGGACAAUCUACACUCAUUGCUAUAUUUGCUUUCUGCAAGCUACCCUUAGUAUGAUUUUUUAUGAGCAAGGUAUCCAAAUAUUGGAUGCUAAUAUCUAAACUGUACUAUUACAUUUAUUUACCAAAAUUUGGGAUAUUGCACAUUAUGUACUAGAUGCAUUUUCUGACUUUUAAAUCAAACUUUGUACUUGAGGCUAAUUUAAGCAUUACACCCAGCUAUGUAGACACUCUUUCCUUGUGUAUUAGAUAACUAACAUUAGCUUUAAUCAAAUUUUAAAUCUGCUCUUUCAUUUACAUUGUCUGUAAGCUUUGCUUCUGUUGGGGGGGGGGGGGGGCGCUCAGGAUGCCUGUGCUAUUGGUCCCCACUCUCCAUCUUUACUGAAAAUAAAUAAAUAAAUAAAUAAAAUCUCUGCUGAGCAUUACCACUUAGACCAUUAUAGACAGAUAAGCGACUGGUCUUUAUGGCAGGUGACCCAUGGCUGAAGGCAUCAGCUGUGUUACCUCUUCCCUCUGUUCCUUCCCCUGUUAAUGCAUUAAGUGGAUGAUGGUGACAAGUUUUAGAUUGGAAACUCUUUGGGACAGGGUUUUGUGUGUGUGUGUGUGUGUGGCAGGCACAGGGCUACAGGUGGGAGCUCCAGGUGCUAUGGUAACAUAGACACAAUCACUGGCUUUUAGUGAAGCAUUUAAGAUUCCUGGGAAUCAAGUAAGCAAGCUUAUUGCUAUGUAACCACCACAGCUGCCAAGACCUGGCACAGGUACCCACCAGACUAAGGACAAGGGGUAGUACUUCAAUUUCAAUACUACUCAAAAGAUAAUGCUAAGGCAGCCAAAUGGAGCUGGAGGCAACCACUUCCCCCACCGUUUGCCUACAGGAAGCUGGGGCCGGCUUUAGGAGAACAAAGUUACCUGCAGUAGACAAUGGAACCAGGUGGCGGGACAUAUUAAACCAGAGAAACUCUCUGACUGAGCCAAAAGAGGAAAUGCUGGGUAGGAAAGAGGAAGUGGAUGGACCAGUGAUAUAGGAGAAAGUGGGCUAAGGAGAGAUGUCUCCAUGGUUCUGAACACUGGCCACAUGCUGCAGCAGGAGGACCCCAACCCAAAAUAUGUGCUAGAGUGGUGAGGAAAGUGAAACAGGGAAGUGUGUGGAGUUAUUUUUGUAUAGAUCUAUUUCUUGUGCUAUUAAAGGAAGAGCAAUGGUGUUUAAGAACCUUCUGCAAAGCCUCGAUGUAGCACAUACCAUACAUCUACCACAUGCUUCUGAAGAUGGAAACUGGGCAUAGAUCACCACCCAGCUGGUGUUCUGGGAUAGGAGGUAUUUAGAGGGCAGCUGAGUGGGCCACAUGGUCACAGUGCCCUAAAGCAUCCCUCAAAGACUGCAGAGCCUUAAAACAGCUGAAUUCCCUCCUAGCUGUCUGGUAAGCAGCCCAGAUGGGAUGCAAAUGCAAGCCCAGGUCCCCCAUACAGCCUUGCUCUGCUCAGGGUUCCUUACUUUCUCCCAAUGUGGUUUGCCAGUGGCACAGGGCAGUGGCUGACAUACACGCUCAGCCAGGCCCUGCACUACAGCUCACUGAAGCUGAUGGGAGUUUUCUCUGUGACUUGGGAUGAAGUGCAACUGCCAGCAAGUGCAGUACAGCCCUGAAAGGGGGAUGAGCAGGCUGUCCUUACCCCCCCCACACACACACACCCCACCACCAUCACAGCCCCACGCUGCAUAAUCACUUUAUUUCAGUACAAAUCACAAGUGAGGAUCCGAUACAAGUCUCUGACAUGCAACUGGAGCGGCACAGAGGCAGCUAAGGCCUGCAAUGAAGUAGGUGAGGGGCACAGCCUUCCUGGGUCAUCUAGAAAAUUGCAGCACUCUUGGGCUGGGAUAGCAGCUAGGAGCCAUUUCCCAUUCUAAACUCUUCCUCCUCCCCCUGUGCCCAACUGUGGCCCCCAGGCAUCACACUCCUCUUAAGGCAAGGGUGGGCUCAAAGCUGUGGUAGCAUUCUAGAUAGCAGCAGCCUGGCCCUGCUGGUUCCUAGCCCAAAGCAGGGGUGACCGCUGCCAGCAAUGGCCAGUUCCCAGGGAAAGCCCAUCUCAAACCAGGCUGGGUUUGGCAGCAGCUCAGCUGUUAGACAGCCCAAGCAUCCAGGCCAUGCUGUGCCAGUCAGGGAAGACCAGCAGUGUGCGUCUUGCACAUCUGGGCCAGCUGCCAUCGGUCACCUCUGGAAUAGCUUUGAUCUUCCUUUUCUGGGUCGUGCAGACCCCUGACUUCACUUCUGUUCCCCUGAAAUGGAGUCAGCACUUCAGGAAAGUGAGGCUUUAGUAACAUCAACAGGUUACGCCUGAGGGCAUUCUGCGCCAAAAAAAUUUAAAAAUUCUGCACCAAACAGUUAAAAAUUCUGGAAAAUUUGGCAAAUUUUGUUUGUCAAAUAAAUGUGGUAGCUCCAGCAUGGUAUUGGGGAGUACAGGCCCCUAGCUGCACAGAGGUGGGAGAUCAAUGUCCGUCUCCGUGUCCCCCCCCCGGACACGGACUCAACAGUGAGGCUGCACCCAACCUUGACACAGUGCAAGGACUGGCCUACCCCAGAAACACCCCAGGGGCCUGCCCCUCUGUGCCAGGUGCACCAAGUGUGGGAGGCAGGUUCAGAAAGGCAGGAGAUCCAAGUGUGGGGGGGAUCUAGGGGUGGGUUGAGAGAGUUCUAUGUGGGGCAAUCUGUGUGGGGGUAACUCAGUGGGAGAUCCAAGUGCAGGGAUCUGGAUGCACGGGGCACCCAGAACCCCCCAACAAGCAACGGUAAUGGGACACUACAAGGGGGUCCAGCUGAAGGUAGCUGGGGCUCAGCAGAGGUGGUGGUCUGGGUGUGGGGAGCUUAGUGGGGAGGGGGUGGUCCAGAUGCUGGGGGAGUAGUGCUUAGUGUGGUGGGGAUCCAGCUGUGGGUGACUUGUCAGGAUGGUCCAGGUGCAGGGAGUGGGGUUUGUUGUCAGGGGGAGUUUGUUUUGAGUUUGGGGGAGUGAGGUUUGGCCCAAGGGUCUGGAUGCACAGGGGUUGGGCAGAUGGGGGAGCAGCUUCCUGUACAGUGGUCCCUCCCCCUGCAGCUCAGGAGCGAUAGGUGAAGGAAGCAUGUGGGGUGAGGGGGCAGUUUGGAGAGUUUCCUACAGCCGGAGGAGAAAGCUGGGGAUGGGUCUGACUUGGCCCUGGAUGCCAUGCAGGGGGAGAGGAAGUCCCGGUCUCCCCAGCCCAGCCAGGACUAGCAGCUGAGCCAGGCACAGGGUAGGAGCCACUAGCUCGGUCUUCCCAUCUCGCUUCCUGCCCCACAGUGAUUUACCUCUCUGCCAGCUGCCCUGGGCCCCCGAAACAUACUGCUAGGGGGAGUGGGGGGGGGCCUAUGUCUGCUCUUGUGGCUUCCCUUUGCUUCCCUGUCAGAAAGUCAUUCUUCUCCAGGGAAGCAAAGAAAUCAGCGGGAGACAAAUUCUGCACGUGCGCAGUGGCACAGAAUUCCCCCAGGAGUAAUCCAGUCAGUCCCUGGCAGAGGAGCAGCACUAUCCUCCUGCCUUGGCCAGUGCUCCACGUCCAACAGGAAGAAUCAGCAAUUAGUGGUCCAGCUCCUCGCAGGGAUUCAUGAGUUUUUGCUCUGCUUGGCACCUUACAGUCAAGAAUCUCAGAACAUUUUGGGAAGUUAAUGAUCUGUGUAUCUAGGUGCUGCUAUGGUGUGCUCCUGAGGGCAUUCAGGGGAGGAUUGUUACAGACAAUAAGACGACACUGGCUGUAAAGACACAUGCUGUGGUGGGAUAUUUGUUUUCCACCUCCUCCAAGACCAGCAGUGCCAAUGAACUUCCGUUCCUAUAGUGUCUUCAGUCCAAAGGGCACCAAAGUAUUUUGCAACCCCAGCCGGGGGGGGCGAGGGAGAGAAUUCUACACACAGGGACCAUUUCAAGUAAUGCUGGAAUGCAGCCACCUCUGGGCUGGAAUGUGACAUCCAUAUAACAGCAUGAGAUUAGAAGUGAAGACAACUGUAGAAAAAGGGGCAUUGGAAGGGCUAUGGAGGUAGGCAGAAUGAUUAGCCAAAUCUGAAUUU